CCCGUUCUUUCGCGACUGGGAGGGGCGGAGGGCGUGCCGUAAAGCGGCGGCGCUUUCCGGCAGGCAGCGCUGAGGCGAGGGCGGGCGGUCGAGCGGCGCUCCGUCCGGCUCCGCGGUCCCUUCCCGUGCCGGGGCGAUGCUGCUGACGGUGUUCUGCCUGCGGCGCGACCGCACCGAGCUCACUUUCUCGCUCCAGGUGGACGCCGACUUCGAGCUCCAGAACUUCCGCGCCCUCUGCGAGCUCGAGUCCGGCAUCCCCGCCGCCGAGAGCCAGAUUGUCUAUGCAGAGCGGCCCUUGACUGACAACGACCGGUCAUUGGCUUCUUACGGCUUGAAAGACGGAGACGUGGUGAUACUGCAGCAAGUGGAGAAUGCGGACGUCCAGCCUCCGGUCCCGUUUCCCGGUUUGCCCAGGAUAGACUUCAGCAGCAUCACGGUACCUGGGACUUCUGCCCAGACUCCCCAGUUGCCGCCGCUGCCACCACCACAGCAGCCCGCACAGCACCCACGCCCAUCUCCUCCCGACCUCCCCUCCUCCCCUCAGGGCUUGGAUAACCCGGCGCUCUUGCGGGACAUGUUGAUGGCCAACCCACACGAGCUCUCCCUACUGAAGGAGCGUAACCCACCCCUGGCAGAGGCUCUGCUCAGUGGAGAUCUUGAGAAGUUUACUCGGGUGCUUGUAGAGCAGCAGCAGGAUCGAGCCCGCCGAGAGCAGGAAAGGAUCCGUCUGUUCUCUGCCGACCCUUUUGAUCUUGAGGCUCAGGCCAAGAUCGAGGAGGACAUAAGGCAGCAAAACAUUGAAGAGAACAUGACGAUCGCUAUGGAGGAGGCCCCCGAGAGCUUUGGGCAAGUGGUGAUGCUUUAUAUCAACUGCAAGGUCAACGGCCACCCGGUGAAAGCCUUUGUUGACUCAGGUGCGCAGAUGACCAUUAUGAGCCAAGCGUGCGCAGAGAGGUGCAACAUCAUGCGGCUGGUGGACCGGCGGUGGGCAGGCAUCGCGAAAGGCGUGGGGACCCAGAAGAUCAUUGGCAGAGUCCACCUGGCUCAGGUUCAGAUUGAAGGGGAUUUCCUGCCUUGUUCGUUCUCCAUCCUGGAGGAGCAGCCCAUGGAUAUGCUUCUAGGACUGGAUAUGUUGAAGAGGCACCAGUGUUCUAUAGAUCUCAAGAAGAAUGUCCUGGUGAUUGGCACCACUGGCUCUCAGACGACCUUCCUGCCGGAGGGGGAGCUUCCCGAGUGUGCGAGGCUGGCUUAUGGGGCUGGGCGGGAGGACGUGAGGCCCGAAGAGAUUGCAGACCAGGAGCUGGCAGAAGCCAUACAGAAGUCUGUCGACGAAUCAGAGAAUAGUGACAAAGAAACUACCUCACUAGAAAUGUCAUCGUUACCAACUUCUGAUGGAAUGAAAUGUCCAGUCCGUUUUACAGAGAUCGGUCCGGAGGCCAGUGACCUUACAAGCCGAUCACUUGAUCGCUCGGUCUCUGUGCCUUCAGCUUGCUCCCUUGAGGGCAGUCAGGCUGAGACUCUUAAUCGUAGAGUGGUAAAGCCCAUGGAAUCUCUUCUUGAAUGCCCCAAAACUUUAGAAAGCAAAGAGCCGUCUCCGUCCCCACCAAAUCACGCUGCUACUGCCAAUUUCGAUGCUUCUCCAGCUGAAGCAACUCGAACGGGAUCCUGUCCUAGUCCAGUUAUUAGUUCGCAGAACACCUUUGAAGAGCCAGUUGCUUGUAGCAGUCUGCAGAAGUCUAGUGCUAAAGAUUAUACCCUUGGCUUGCCUCCUCCUGUCGAAGUAGUGGGAGGAAGUGGCCUGUCCUGUGCUUGUAGAUGGACAAAAGAUCUGGAUGUACCUUUCCCUUCAGAGCAGCUGGAACGGGAACAAAUGCAUGAGCUUCAUUUAGAUUUCAUGGCAUGCGAAAAAUCUGGAAAUGAACAGGUCCUUCUGGAUGAACAGAAGGAGCCAAAUGACCAGGAGCAUCUCUGUACAAUGGCAGUUUCCCCAUCUCUUGCAGAUGGAGAGCAGAGCCGUGAUGACUUCCUCUCUGGGGGAACAAGAGCCUCAGAAGGGGAGGGAAGGAGGCCAGACUGUGUGCCAUGCAAGCACCCUGACAUGGGAGUUGCUGAGGAGGCUGCCAUCGACCCUUCAAAUCAACAAAGCCUUGGGCUGGCUGCUGUAGACUCAGACUGCUCCAUGAUGGAGGUGGAAUGGUCCAAGCGUAUUGGCUCUCCUUCUGCCAGUGAUUUGACGGAGCCCAGAAGUACAUCUUUUGAAUCACUGGGCAUUUCUGCUCCCCUUUCUGGUGGCCAGUUAACAGACCAGACAGAAGAUCCCUGUGUCUCUCUCUCCUCUGCCUUAAAAGAGCUUCAUCAGCUUCUGGCGGUCAGUUGUAAAGGGGACUUAAAUGUAUCUUGGCAGGAAGACGUCAACCAGCCAGCGGCUGUCCCUGAAGAGCAAACUGCACAUCAGGAGACCUUUCAAGUGGAACACGAAUGUACACAUCUCGACAGCCAGGAUGUGGAACUCUCCUUUCCUGAAAGUGUGGGGAUGACGCUGUUUGAGGCCGGGACCACGACCAUUGAAGUGCAGGAGGCACAUAGAUUAGCAGCGACAUCCGAGCAGGGGGCUCUAAUGAUUCAAGAUUCUUCCACUUUGAGCAGCUGCCUCUCCCUGAGCCAGUCGGCAGCUCCCACUCAGCUUCACUGUGGUGAACGCUCUGAAAUUCUGCCUCUGCAUUUAUCCUCUGGCCAAGUUCUACGUGGCGAAGCUUUGGAUCAGGGCAAUCCUCUUGUCCAGUCCAGCCCCAUAACAGGCCAAGAUGCAUCUUUGAGCUCUAUUUCUUUCCCAGAAGAGACUGGAACAGCGGACAUCUCAGAUGCAGAUGCACCAAGGCUACCCAAUGAAUCGGCUGAGCUGUCACUGCCUCUGCCUGAGACCUUCCCAGUUGUGACAGCCCCCUGGCCCCCUGUUUUUCCUGCUGCAGACGUUGAUCAGAUUGUGGGGGCUGGCUUUACGCCCCAGGAAGCUGGUGAGGCAUUGAGGCAUGCCAGUGGAAAUGCAGACCUUGCGCUCCUCAUUUUGCUGGCCAAGAAUAUAGUAGUCCCUACGUAACCUUGACAGAGAGACAGCCUGACCCGUGGGCCUGUGCUUCAUUUUAAAAGAGUCUCUAUCUUGACUGCAUAGAAUUUCCUACUUAGAUGAUUGAGCCGUACGUUUUUUUCUUAAGAGAAAAAGGAAAAGGGGGGGGGAAUCAUUUAUUUUCAGCCAAAGUAUCUUCAAUUACCUUGUUGAAUUUAGGCAUUUUAAAAGAAGCAAAAUACUGGUAAUGUAUCAACACAAUAGCUUUUUAUUAUUACUAUUAUUAAGGCAAUGUAUAACGGAAUAAAGUCUUUAUUUAAAUA